AUGGCCCAUAGUAACCCCUUUCAAACAUACCAGCCACCAGCAUCUCCAAACAAUGUCACCGACAGACUAUGCCAGAUGACCAACACCCUCCACAUCAAAAACCCCUACCGCAAAUAUCAUCCUUGUGGUGUACCUUGCCCCGAGGGCCCUAAUACCUUCCAACUCAAUCUCAGACGCGAGAAAUGGUGGCAGAUGCUGCAGGAACACGCUUGGAAGGAGCAGGUCAUGAUGCAGAAAUUUCGUGUUGAGGAAGAGAGAAAGGAGAUUGGGAAGCAAGAGCAACAAGGGAAAGAGAAAGAAGUGGUGGCUUCAGAGCAGAAUAGGCAUAGGAAAGAUAGUCUGGUUGUUGGGGAGAAGGGUGUUGCGUCUGCAGAUACCGGUACGGGUGAAGNNGGGUUGGAGAUGGAGGAGACGCUGCUGCUGCAUCGGCAAUCUGUGAUUCCUCUGACGAGGGAGAAGAAGACAAGCAAGGCCAGUCUGAGCAGGUAA